AUACCUCCAAACAUCGCCAAAUUUACGCCCCAAUGCCCCUCUCCGCUCCUCCCCCACCUGAUUCGGGCCUUUAUUAAUCCUCUCACAUAGAGAGAUAGAGAGAGAGAGAGGAAGGGUGGAAGAGAGAGAAAGUAGAGAGAGAGAGAGAAAGAGGGUGUCGCGGAACCGAAGGUAUCUCUCCCUCCCCAAACCGAUCCCCGCACCUUUUGUUUACAUGUAAUCGCACUGUUUUAGGGUUUUGUUGGGGAGAUUCGAUGCGGGUUUCGACGGAUCUCGGAUCGAAUUCUCGCUCGAUUUCGGCGUUUCUUGGAUUUGAGCUUGCCUCGAUCGGUCCGGGCGCGGGAAUUUGAUCUUUUGGGGGAGUUUUUGGGAUCUUUAAUGGUGGAUGAUGCUGUGAAGGGAGGUCGUUGGAUUCGAGGGCUUCGAUUUGAAGUUCUUGUUCCGGAUUUGUGUUGUGUUGAAUCGGUUUGAUUGGGGGAUCGGUGCUUUGGGGAUUCUUGAGAUUUGGUGCUUCCUUCAGGCUCCAAGUUGUAGCUGAAUUGGGGAUAAACCCACUUGAUCAGAGUUUUCUCUUGUGUCAUUUAGCUUUGAACUUCUCUUCACAAUGUGUAUUAUCGGCAAAUAUUGAACUGGAACUUUUAUAUUGUACUAAUAUAUGUAAUGCAACAGUGAAGUGGUACUAUCAUUUAUUUCAACUUCUAAACUUUGUUGGUACUCUGAUAUUGUGUAUGUGAACCAAGAUUAACUUGGCCCUUCAUGCUUUCUCGCUGAAUUUGUGACAGCAAUUUUGGAAAUCGGUUGAUCUUUAUUCAAUAUUACGUGGGACGGAGGAUCAGCUUGUGACAUUUUUCUUGGGUUCUUGAUCAUCCAAAAGUUUGGUUAUACUGGUUGUUUUCUCAUCAAUGGAGAGCUUAGCGCAAUUGGAAGCCUUGUGUGAAAGGCUUUACACUUCUCAAGACUCAGCUGAACGAGCACACGCAGAAAAUACCUUGAAAUGCUUUUCUGCAAACUCUGAUUACAUUGUGCAAUGCCAAUACAUUUUGGACAAUGCGAUGAACCCCUAUGCUUUGAUGCUGGCUAGUUCAAGUUUGUUGAAGCAAGUGACAGACCGCAGUCUUUCUUUACAAUUGCGGCUUGAUAUCCGGAAUUAUGUGAUAAAUUAUCUAGCUACGAGAGGGCCUGAAUUGCAGAACUUUGUAACUGGAUCUCUAAUUCAGCUAUUAUGUCGAAUUACAAAAUUUGGGUGGUUUGAUGAUGACAGAUUUAAAGAUGUUGUGAAGGAGGCAAUCAGCUUCUUGAGUCAGGCAAGUCCAAAUCAUUAUUCCAUUGGUUUGAAGAUAUUAAAUCAGCUGGUAUCUGAAAUGAACCAGCCAAAUCCAGGAAUGCCUUUGACACUCCAUCGGAAGGUUGCUUGCAGUUUCAGGGAUCAGUCGCUUUACCAGAUCUUCCAAAUUUCUCUAACUUCACUGCAUCAACUUAAAAGUGAUGGGACUAUGCAAGUUCCUGAUCUGUUAAGGCAGUAUAUUCUUUCACUUGCUUUGCGGUGUUUGUCUUUCGAUUUCAUUGGAACCUCAUUAGAUGAAAGCUCUGAAGAAUUUGGUACUGUGCAGAUACCAUCUUCGUGGAGACCACUCUUACAAGAUCCUUCCACCCUUCAGAUUUUCUUUGAUUUCUAUAGAAUCUCCGAGCCUCCACUCUCUAAAGAGGCUUUGGAAUGUUUGGUGAGACUUGCUUCAGUAAGGCGGUCCAUAUUUGCGGAUGAUCCUGCAAGGUCUCAAUUUCUGUCUCAUCUAAUGGCUGGCACCAAGGAGAUACUCCAAACAGGCCAAGGCCUUGCUGAUCAUGACAACUACCACGAAUUUUGUCGCCUGUUAGGGCGUUUCAAAGUGAAUUAUCAGUUGUCAGAGCUUUUGAGUGUUGAAAUAUAUGGUGAAUGGAUACGCUUAGUAGCAGAGUUCACAACAACAUCGUUGCAGUCUUGGCAGUGGGCCAGCAGUAGCAUCUAUUACCUUCUAGGUCUAUGGUCAAGGUUGGUAACGUCCGUGCCUUAUUUAAAGGGUGAUACCCCAAGCUUGCUAGAUGAAACGGUGCCUAAGAUCACUGAGGGAUUUAUCACCUCUAGGUUCAAUUCUGUUCAGGCUGGUUAUCAAGAAGACCUCUCAGAGAAUCCUCUGGAUAAUGUUGAGCUUCUCCAGGAUCAGCUGGAGUGCUUUCCUUAUCUCUGCAGAUUCCAGUAUCAAAGCAGUAGUUUGUACAUCAUAAAUAUAAUGGAGCCUAUUCUGCAGGCUUACACGGAAAGGGCAAGGUCACAAGCUCCUGGGAAUGUAAAUGAUCUUUCCGUGAUUGAAGGGCAAAUUGCAUGGCUAGUUCAUAUAAUCGCUGCUAUUCUCAAGAUCAGGCAGACUACUGGCUGUAGCCUGGAGUCACAAGAGUUAAUAGAUGCAGAACUUGCUGCGCGAGUUCUACAGUUAAUAAGUAUAACUGACAGCGGAUUGCAUUCCCAGAGAUAUAAUGAGAUAAGCAAGCAAAGACUUGAUCGGGCUAUUAUCACCUUUUUCCAGAACUUCAGGAAGUCUUAUAUUGGGGAUCAAGCUAUACAUUCAUCCAAGCAGUUAUAUUUGAGAUUAUCUGAGCUUCUUGGGCUCCAUGAUCAUUUAGUUCUACUCAAUGUAAUAGUUGGAAAAAUUGCUACAAAUCUGAAGUGUUAUACCGAGUGUGAGGAGGUUAUUGAUCACACUUUGUCCCUUUUUCUGGAGCUUGCUUCUGGUUAUAUGACUGGAAAGCUGCUGCUUAAGUUGGAUAGUAUAAAGUUCAUCAUUGGAAACCAUACGAGGGAAAAUUUUCUUUUUCUGGAAGAAUACAGAUGCUCUCGAAGUAGAACCACCUUUUACUACACUCUUGGGUAUUUGAUCUUUAUGGAGGAUAGCCCGGUUAAGUUUAAAACAUCCAUGGAGCCGCUUUUGCAGGUUAUGAUUAGAUUGGAAGCAACUCCUGAUGCUGCUUUCCGCACUGAUGCUGUGAAAUAUGCGUUCAUUGGUUUGAUGAGGGAUCUAAGAGGGAUUGCAAUGGCAACUAAUAGUCGUAGGACGUAUGGACUCCUUUUUGACUGGUUGUACCCAGCACAUAUGCCGCUACUCUUGAAAGCCAUCUCACAUUGGUCUGAUGUACCAGAGGUCACAACACCAUUGCUGAAGUUCAUGGCAGAAUUUGUUCUAAACAAAGCUCAGAGGUUGACUUUCGAUUCAUCAUCCCCUAAUGGGAUUCUUUUGUUCCGGGAAGUGAGCAAAUUAGUUGUGGCUUAUGGCUCAAGGAUUCUAUCUCUUCCAAAUAGUCCAGAUAUCUAUGCAACUAAAUACAAAGGAAUCUGGAUCUCACUACUAAUUCUUUCAAGGGCUUUCUCUGGGAAUUACGCCAAUUUUGGUGUUUUUGAACUAUAUGGUGAUAGAGCGCUAGCAGAUGCCCUUGAUAUCUCUCUAAAGAUGACACUUUCGAUUCCUCUAUCUGAUAUUUUUGCAUUCCGUAAGCUUACAAAAGCUUACUUCGCUUUUAUGGAAGUUCUAUUCAGCAACCAUAUUACUUUUAUUCUAAAUCUGGAUACAAGCACUUUCAUGCAUAUUGUUGGAUCACUUGAAUCUGGCUUAAAGGGUCUGGAUACGGGUAUUUCUUCGCAGUGUGCAUCUGCUGUUGACAACCUGGCUGCGUAUUAUUUCAACAAUAUUACGGUAGGAGAGGGUAACCCAUCAACAGCUGCAAUGAAUCUCGCUCGACAUAUCGUAGAGUGCCCCAAUUUAUUUCCUGAGAUACUCAAGACCCUGUUUGAGAUAGUCUUAUUUGAAGACUCAGGGAAUCAAUGGAGUCUUAGCAGACCUACGUUGAGCUUGAUUCUCAUCAGUGAACAGAUGUUUAGUGAUAUAAGAGCUCAAAUUUUGGCUUCUCAGCCUGCAGACCAACAACAACGUCUCUCACUAUGCUUCGAUAAACUGAUGGCUGAUGUUACGAGGAGUUUGGAAUCGAAGAACAGAGACAAAUUCACUCAGAACCUCACAGUUUUUAAACAUGAAUUCCGUGUCAAAUAGUGCUACCGAACCUGGCAUGAUCUUUGCCUUUGAUUUGUAAAUACCCAGCCUCGUUCCAUUUUUUGACUCCUGAAGGGGACAGCACUUUGUUAUACUAACAGUUCAUGAUGCUUUGACUGGGAUUGGAUUUUUGUUGGAGGAAUGGUUUUGGGAGUGGUCGAUUGCUGUGAUCGAGGAGAAAAAGGAAAAUAGAUUGGUGACUUAGUGAUGUUGCUGAGAGGUGUUUUUGUUGUUAAAAAUCUCUCUCAUCAUUUGUUGUGGUUUUUUUCCAGUGGGAAUGAAUAUAUGCUGGGGAGCAUACAUUGUUAGUUUGUACAGCAAGAUUCUAAAAGUUGCUGAAGGUGGGAUAGCUGUUUGUUCCUCUGGUUCUAAUUAUGAGGAAAAUGGCCAUAUCCCAGCUGUCUUGAUUCUUUUUCUUAGAUAGGGAAACGGUGUAAAAGAAGCAAAGGUGUAAAUUGAUACUCCCAUGGUUGUGUCUCAAUUGUGUACAUUAACUGUGUCGUUUUUAGCUCUGUUAUUUUGUAUUUGUUAAUUGAGUAUUAUUUUUUUUU